AUGAAGCGAUUCAUUCAACAAACAGGCAUACCUUACAUUUCGAUAAAAGAUCGACAGCAUAGCAUCAGUGAUGUUUCUGAAACGGGUAAACAAAAUAAUUCGUGUGAGGAAGAAGAAAUUUCGAAGAAAAUCCACGAGGAAUCGGAGACAGUUACUGAAAAAGAACAGGAAUGCGUAAGUAGAAGGGAUGAGGCGGAAAAUGCCGACUCAGCUGUUGGAGAGACGGAUAAACAAAAUAAUUCGUGUGAGGAAGAAGAAAUUUCAAAGAAAAUCCACGAAGAAUCUGAGACAAUUACUGAAAAAGAACAGGAAUGCUUAAGUAGAAGGGAUGAGGUAGAAAAAACCGACUCAGCGGUUGGAGAGGAAACAAGUCAAAGCAGCGAGAACGAUUACUCCUGUAGGUAUAAAGAAGAUGUUUCCAAAUGGCUCAAAUCUGUGAAUGCUUCGGGCCAAAACUCUGCAGAUGAGGAUUUAAUAAACAGCUGUUUUGGUGCGCCAUUAUCGCCCAGUUCUUCUAGUAGGCGAACAUCCGUAAGCUCACUGGACGGCCUUUUGAGCCCUAGACGUCGAAUAAAUAAAAGCGCUGAAGCAGAUGCGAAUACAAGUGACGCAGCGGCUACAAUUGGUGAAAUGGAUCUUUUUGGUGCACCUCUGUCACCAAGUCCGGCUCCAGAGAGCCCAGCACGCGAUACGAAAUCGUCUGGCAGUAUUACUACGUCAGAAGUAUCAGAAAUUCUCGUCGAGGAUCGUCCUGCCGUAUCCUGCUCUACAGAAAGCGUUUCAUUUGAAGCGAAUGUACGGUCGGCGUCGGACCAAAACUCUGCAGAUGAGGAUUUAAUAAACAGCUGUUUUGGUGCGCCAUUAUCGCCCAGUUCUUCUAGUAGGCGAACAUCCGUAAGCUCACUGGACGGCCUUUUGAGCCCUAGACGUCGAAUAAAUAAAAGCGCUGAAGCAGACGCGAAUACAAGUGACGCAGCGGCUAUGAUUGCUGAAACGGAUCUUUUUGGUGCACCAUUGUCACCAAGUCCGGCUCCGGAGAGUCCAGCACACGAUACGAAAUCAUCUGGCAGUAUUACUACGUCAGAAGUAUCAGAAAGUCUCGACGUGGAUCGUCUUGCCAUAUCCUGCUCUACAGAAAGCGUUUCAUUUGAAGCGAAUGUACAGUCGGAAAUAGGGGUUUCACAAAUUCCUACAGUUUCGAACACGUCGGAAGGACCUGCAGUUACGAAAAUUUCGAAAAAUUCUGCAGAUACGGGCAAGGCUUUGAAUCCGGCAGUUCUAGACAACUCAGAGAAAUCUGGGGUUCCAGGCACGGUGAAAGAUCUCGCAUUUUCGGAAACAUCAAGAGACCUUUCCGAUUCAGACACGUCAAAAGAAUCUGUGACGCCAUUUGCGUCGGAAGAUUAUUCAGCUUCGACUAAGUUGAAAAAUUUUGCGGUUUUGGAUGUGAGGAAAGGUAAAUUUUCGGACACACCCAAGAUUUCUACAGCUGCGGAAGUUCCAGAGGAUUUUGCAGCUCCGGACUUAUCGAAGAGUUGCUCUACAACUCUAGAUGUAUCACUGAAAGCAAAAUCUUCGGACAGCAGUGUGCAGCAUGUGAUAGCCACACCAGUUUCAACCGUAUCUUUAACUCAUUCAUUAAGUAUUGUAAUUCCCAGACCACGGCUAAGACGUAUCUCAAGAAGGCUUGAUUCUCAGAAUGACAGUGAAAGUGAUUCUGUGUGGCCAACAAGAUCAGAGUCGAGGAUACCAGCACAGGCGGAGCAGGUAACGGAGAUGUUGAAGAAAGAUGCCAAGCAAAUACAG